GUGUGCUGCCGCUGUCAUCACAGAUGAACCCCAGCUGUCACUCCAGUGCUCCGCGCCGGCUCCGCACACGCGCUCUCCUCCCUCUCCCUGCUUCCCCCUCGCCGUCUCCCUCGUCCCUCCUUCCCUCCUCAGUUUGCUGUUGACCCGGCAGCCCUGUGCCCUGGCAGCGGGAACAUCUCUCCGGGCUGCGUGCUGCGUGCCAGGUCGCUGCUCCCAGUGGGUCGGCGCCCACCGCUCUGCGUGGCCGGGGUUUGGAUUUCUCCAAGAAUCCCAGGAGGUGUCCCUGGAGAGGUUAGAGCUACCUGACUCCAGGAGCUCCCAGCCAGAGUGGAGAAAGCCCGCGGCAUGAGCCCUGAGCUGUGAGUCCCAUUACAGACUGCUGCGGAGGACAGCACUGCCGUUCACCUCGAAGGCCACAGCGAGGCGCAGGGGGCACGUGGAGGGCCACGCUGCCACUCGUCAGCACCCUGCAAAGGGCCCGGCCUCUGCCUGCGGGGGCACCAUGGACUGACAGCAGUGCUCGCCAAGGGGCUCCUCUCUCCCAGAGCUGCCAGCCGGAGCGCGUGGGCCCACAAUGCUGGCACCGGGCCGUGGCCCCGAGCAGAGCGCCAGGCUGGCCCUGCGGUGGAGGCAGGUCUCCUGGGUGACCUGCUGGAUCGCCCUCUGUGCCGUGGAGGCCCUCCCCGCCUGCCCUUUCUCCUGCAGGUGUGAUGGCCGAAGCCUGGAGGUGGACUGCAGUGGCCUGGGCCUCACCGCGGUGCCCCCAGACGUGCCCGCUGCCACCCGCACCCUCCUGCUCUUGAACAAUAAGCUGAGCACCCUGCCAAGCUGGGCUUUUGCCAACCUGUCCAGCCUCCAGCGGCUGGACCUGUCCAACAAUUUCCUGGACCAGCUGCCCCCCGCGGUGUUCGGGGACCUGGCCAACCUGACGGAGCUGCAGCUGCGCAACAACAGCAUCCGGGCCCUGGACAGGGGGCUCCUGCAGCACUCGCCCCUGCUGCGCCACCUGGACCUGUCCCUCAACGGCCUGGCCCGGCUGCCUCCCGGCCUCUUCGACGCACUCCCAGCCCUGCGCUCCCUCUCGCUGCGCUCCAACCGCCUGCAGAACCUGGACCGGCUGACCUUCGAACCCCUGGCCAGUCUGCAGCUGCUGCAGGUUGGGGACAACCCCUGGGAGUGCGACUGCAACCUGCGGGAGUUCAAGCACUGGAUGGAGUGGUUCUCCUACAGAGGGGGGCGCUUGGACCAGCUGGCCUGCACCCUGCCCAAGGAGCUGAGGGGGAAGGACAUGCGCACGGUCCCCAUGGAGAUGUUCAACUACUGCUCCCAGCUGGAGGACGCCGACAGCUCGGCGGGGCUGUACCUGCCUGGACCGCCCUGCACCAAGGCCAGCCCAGAACCUGCUAAGCCCAAGCCCGGGGCCGAGCCGGAGCCCGAGCCCAGCACGGCUUGCCCCCAGAAGCAGAGGUACCGGCCGGUGAGCGUGCGGCGAGCCAUCGGCACAGUGAUCAUCGCGGGGGUGGUCUGCGGCAUCGUCUGCAUCAUGAUGGUGGUGGCCGCCGCCUACGGCUGCAUCUACGCCUCCCUCAUGGCCAAGUACCACCGGGAGCUCAAGAAGCGCCAGCCGCUGAUGGGGGACCCCGAGGCGGAGCACGAAGACCAGAGGCAGAUCUCGUCUGUGGCCUGAGAGCCUGCCUGCCCGGCCGGGGCAGCAGGAGCAGCGAGAGCAUGGGGCAGGCCCGGGCAGGGCUGGCUCUCCGUCCCGCAUGGCUGCUGCCUGGCCUCCCUGGCCACGCUCCUGCCAGAGCGCAGAGGCGCGCAGCAGGCUCUCCCCUGACCUCCGGGUCUCCCUGGAAGCCCUCUGUGCGGGGGUCCUCUCGGGGCUGCCCAGUCUGGGCAACGUCUGGCCACAGGGAGGAGGGGGCGCGGGAGGCUUCUGGCCGAGCAGCCUCUGUUGCCGCCACGCUGUGGUAGCCGUGGCUGGGAACCCUCCCCUGCCUCUCGUGCACAUCCACCUCCUCUGCUUUAGGGGUGGCUCAGAGGAUGUGGGGCCAGGGGUAGGUUUUGUGACUCUCAGCCAGAAAGGGACUGCUGACCCACACAGGGUGAAGCUGGUCUCGCUUCCCAUGCUGGUUCUCGGCACACGGCACACGCCACCCAGACCCAGCACGUAGAAACACAGCGCUGUGACCACGUACUCCCGACGCCACCAGGCCCCGGGGCUGCUCUUGCUCCGACCACGCUGCCCCCGACCCUCAGCCAGCCCCACACACACUCACAGUGUCCUGGCAGUCACGAGGGCUAGCCACUCGCACACGCCACACAUACAGGCACGUGGACACGGCCUGGCCCCGGGGAGCACGCGUGUCCCUCCCCGUGGACCAGGAUCCCUCGCUCGCUUGCUGUGAUCUCUGUCAAUGGGAGGAACCCCGACCGAGAAGGGAAUGCAGGACUCCGCUGAGAUCCUCCAAAGUGGGCCAAACUGCGGAGAGCUGCCUGUCACCACGGCAACCGCUCACACCUCUCCUGAUGGGUCUUUCGAGGACACUGGCCCUUGGGCUGUGAAGCUGCAGAGGUGUGGACGGCAGUCCCGAGAGCCCACCACACACCCAGGUGUUUCUGCAGAACUGCCCUAGCUCACCCCGCCGCCAGGCUCGUGGGGACACCCAGGCCCACCGUCACUGCUACAGCCUGGGCACCGCCUCUCGUAUCUCUCAGCCCGCCAUCUGCAGCGUCCUCUGCCUGUGACCUGGGGCUGGGACUCGGGCUGCCCUGUGACCAGCAGUGCCCAAGCAGGUGGCAGGCAGAGAGCGCGGUGGCCCUGUCUGUGCCCCGCACACUCCAGCAGCAGGCCGCGGCUGGCCACGUUCUGUUCAGAGGCUUCACUGUGAGGUCUCCUUUCCCAGGCCGUCUGCCCAGUCCAACUCCUCGCAGCUUUUAAUGGCCCCAGAGAACGGCGGGGUCCUACCCGCGGGGCCGUGCUGGUCUCUAGCGUCCCUAGUCUCCUUUUCUAGAUCUGCCUCCUCUUGGCGCGUCCACUGUUGGUGAACACCCAGGUUCCCCCUACAGGACGCUGACCUCCUGUGCUCGUAAGAGGGCCCAGAGGGACAGGCCAGCUUUUGGCUGUAAGACUAGGGUCUUGGGGGCACAGGAGGAGCCCAGCCUAAACACCUAGGUGAGGGGUUGCGGAGGUGCCAGGGUGGGCUCGCUCACCUCGCCCCCCUGGGCCUGCUCGCAGGAGUAGGGUGGGCUGCAGGGGCCAGACGCCUGUGUGCUCUGCUCUGCGUGUCAGGGCUGUGCGCCUCCCCGGCUGGGGCACCGUCUUCCUUCUUUGACUCAUGGCCUGAUCCCAGAUCUGGGGGGUUUUUAAAGGGAGCCGGGGCAGGGAGGGCAUUGUCCAUGGUGUAUCUUCAGCCUGAGACAGAGAUUUUUA